AUGACGACAAGCGAAGAAUUUAUUGAGAUCACAAAUAAACAAGGUUUGGUUGCGUGGCUUUUGCCAUUCGGAGCGACUUUGGCGAAAUUAACUUUUCCUGAUAAAAAUGGAGUUGCUCAAGAUGUCAUUUUAGGAUUUGAUAGUAUAAAAGGCAAGUUUCCUGUGAAUUUUUUGGUUUUUAAAUUAAACUGUUUUUUUUUUAAGAAUUCGAAAAAGAUACCGCCAGCAUUGGAAAAACCGUAGGCCGUGUUGCAAAUCGUAUCAAAAAUGCCGAAGUUCAAUUCGAUGGCAAGAAAUAUGUUUUGGAGAAAAAUAAUGGGCCACAUUUUUUGCACGGUGGUUCAAAUGGAAUUGGCAAUGUGAAUAAGUUUUAUUUUUUAUUUUUCGAAAAACAUUUAGUUAAUCAUUUGGGGUUGAAGUCCGCAAAAACUCGACUUUUUUCUUGCAAACCAAAUUCCUCAAAAUUUUUCGAUAAGGUUUGAUAAAAUAUAAAGUAAUUGCUGGGGAUACUGUAGAUAUUGUGGAAAAAGCAAAACUACUUGCAAAUUCUAGAAAUGGAUGAAUAAUUAGAUUAUUCUGUUCCAAAUUGAACAUCGCAACUCCAAAAAUGAAAAUAAUUGGAAGAGUUGCUUGAAAUGAAAGAACUAAUAAUAAUUGAUUAUGUAAUUGAUGAGUUUGAUUUCGAAUUGGAAGUUUUUUCAAAAAUUUCAAGAUAAAAUAGCGGAUGAUUAAAAUGAGCAAUGUUAUAAUUAGUGGAGUUAAAAUUAAUUGAAUCAUCGCAUACUUUACAUAACAUUCAUUAAUAUCAGCAUGUCCUGUGAUCAUUGAUUUUGUAAUUUCACUGAAAUUGUGAGUCAGCGAUGAAUUUUCCAAAAUCUCAAGCAUGACAGAAGGUGGGUUUGGUCCAAUUAAAAAUAAAAUAUAAAUGACACAAGGGAUAUAAAUUAUAACUAGAAAAACAAUAAUAGUUUUUCGAUUUAUCGCUGUUUCAGUUUUUUUCAUAAUGUAUAAUCGAUAGAUGAAAGAUAAUAACAAAAUAUUUUUAGCAUAAAUAAAUAGGUGAAUAUUCAAAAUAUAGGAAUAAUAGCAAAAUUCGGAUGAUAUAAAAGUACAAAAUCCAUAAUUUAUUUGAAUCGAUGUUGAGUUAAAAGGUAUCAUUCUGAAACAUUCGGAAUAAAGUUGUUCCUUCGGAACUUCUAAAUUUUGAAUUCAAAAAUACCUCGAAAUAGUUAUUCCUGAUAAAAAUGAUGCCACUAAAUCUGUGGUUGCCGAAACUUUGAUCAAAAUUGCGUAAUUUCUCAUAAUCACCGGAGUUUCAUAAUGCGCAAUAAUCAGUAAACUUAGAUUCAGAAUUAUCCCCAAAAAUCCAGUCAAAUAAAAAUAGGAAAUAUAUAGCCACAUACUAGACAAAAAUAAUUUAGAAUUACCCCAAAAAUAAUGUUGGAAGAAGAUGAUAAAAAAUUGUAAUCCUAUGAGAUUACUUGAAAUCAUCUAUUGAACAUACUUUUUUCUUUUAGAAAUUAUGGGAAAUUGUGAGACAUUCGAGUCGAUCUGUGUCAUUUAGUAUUCUUGUUGAUGAACAAAUGGAUGGACUUCCGGGAAAUGCAAAAAUCGAUGUGACAUAUACUGUAAAUGAUAGAAAUCAAUUGAUAGUUGAACAUUAUGCAACUUGUACUUCUGCUGGAUUAAUUGCUAUUACAAAUCAUGCAUAUUGGAAUUUAGAUGGUUCGGAAACAGUUGCUGAACAUAUUUUAGAAGUUGAUGCAAAUGAAUAUGUUGAAGUUGAUUCAACAGAUUGUCCAACUGGUGCUAUUUUAUCUGUUCGGAAUACUAUUUAUGAUUUCACAUCGCCACGAAAAUUGGAAACUCUUCGAGAUAUUGAUGGUGUAUUGAAUAUUGACAAUGAUUUAGUCACAUCUACACAAAGCACUCCAAAAGUUAGUCUUCGAUUAUUUUCGGAAAAAUCUGGAAUUGAAGUCACAAUUCGAUCUUCUUAUCCAACAAUUCAUUUGUAUGCUUCAAAAUAUUUGGAUACAAUUGGAAGAGGAAAUGAAAAAUAUGGACAGGGAAAGGGAUUGGCGAUUGAACCGCAAUUUCAUAGUGCAGCCCCGAAUUUUGUAAGUUCACGGCAAUUUUAUAAACAUUUAUAAAGUGGUAUUUUUUCAGGACAAUUUUCCGGAUGUUUCGCUUCGACCCGGUGAAAAUUAUAGUCAUGAAAUCGUGUAUUCUUUGUCAACUAUAAAUUGA